UUAUUCUCCUCCUGUUGCUCCUCCAGAGCAGUGAGAGGAAAGUCCGUUAGUCAGCAGGACGCGCGGAGCGGUGAUGAACUCCACCUGAGCGACGCGCACCGCUUUCAUUCCGCUUCACUUUCGGCCAGAAAGCGACCGUUUCUUCUCCGAAUCAGAGCGCGAGCGGAUUCCUUCCUCCGGAGAAGCGGGGUUUUCUCCUCCCUCGCAGAUAUCUAAGCAUUAGGAAAGAUGGUCUCGGCCGGUCUGGAGAUCCUCGGCCUGACGCUGUGCGUGGUGGGCACGCUGCUGGAGAUGGUGGCCUGCGGUCUGCCCACCUGGAAGGUCACGGCGUUCAUCGAGGCCAACAUCGUGGUGGCGCAGACCAUCUGGGACGGCCUGUGGAUGUCGUGCGCCGUGCAGAGCACGGGCCAGAUGCAGUGCAAGGUGCACGACUCGGUGCUGGCCCUCGCACCCGACCUGCAGGCGGCGCGCGCGCUCACCGUCGUCUCGUCCGUGUUCGGCGUGCUCGGCCUCACGGUGGUGGUGGCGGGUGCGCAGUGCACCAACUGCAUCCGCGACGAGCGCGUCAAGGCGUACGUGGUGGGCACCGGCGGCGCGCUCUACAUCGCGAGCGGCGCGCUCGUGCUCGUGCCCCUCUGCUGGAUUGCCAACAACAUCAUCUCGGACUUCUACAACCCGCAGGUGCCCACCGCCAAGAAGCGCGAGAUCGGCGCCGCGAUCUACAUCGGCUGGGCGGCCACGGCGCUGCUGCUGCUCGGCGGCUCCAUGCUCUGCUGCUCGUGUCCGUGCAGGUCCUCCUCGGGCUUCUCCGUCAACUACGCGCCCACCAAAAGAUCCGCGGCCAACGGGGACUACGACAAGAGGAACUACGUCUAGGAGCCGCGGAGAGUCCUUGUAGAUUCUUUGGCACCUGUGCGUUUGUUUCUUAACUGAAAAUGAAAUGUAAAUGACUCGUUCGUGUUUUUUAAUGAACCGUCACGGACUUUGCUACUACUGAGAGAGGCUCAUAUGGACCCUCAUACGGAGCUUUUUACGCGCGGACCCUUUUUUUAUUUGUUUUGGUCUACGGCUUCAGUCCUGGAAGGACUGGAACGAGAAAAGCAGCGUUCCUUUUAGGUUCCCUCACAGCAAAAUCGCCAGUGGUGAAUGAAAACCUUCACUUUGGAUCAUUAACUAUAGGACCAGACCCAGAUUAACCUUAAACCUCAAUGCUUUUCCAAUGGUGAUUCACCAUUGGAACAGCAGUGUUGACCAAGACUAGGCUUAACUGUAGUCUUAAAACUUACCUUUUAGUGUUCGUGUAAGUUAAAGUGGACACAAAUGAACGCUGGACUAGUUUCCCGCAGGGAAAAACAACUGUGUAGGUGACUUCAACACUAUGUUCAUCGCUGGUAAUUCAACGCUGUAGGUGUUCAUUCAGUUAAUUCAAGGUGUUGUAAUACUGUUGAUUCAAUACUAUGGGCUGGUUUCCCAGACAAGGAUUAAGCCUAGUCCUGGACUAUGCAGGUUACUGAAUGGAGAUUGUCCACUCAAAGGAAAAUGUAGUCCAGGUGUAGGAUCAUCAACACUUAAGGUGUUCAUUCAACGAGAGCAUUUUGCUGUGUUGCACGCCGUAGGCCAAAAUCAUGUAUGUAGAUUUAAGCUUUAGCUACUUUUAUCAAAUUUGUUUACCAUUUUCAGAAUGUCUUAUGCUUUCUAUCUACUUAAUUGUGUUGGACGGUGGGGCAGAGCGUCUGUUGAAAAUGGACUGUGUGCAGGGUUAGGGUGAACAGACGCCCCCCCCAACACGACCCACCACUGUGGACUCCGCUGGAUAAGACAGCAACUCCUGACCAGACGAACAAAACCCCACACGCCGAGGUGCCCAGCCAAGCCGCAAGUUCUAUAAAGGACAGUCCAGACCGAGCAGGGCCAGCGUGGAAUUAACUUUGCUGGACACCUGUUGUUGGUGCCUUGUAAUGAUGGAACUCAUAAUUUUGUCUGAACCUUUAAUAAGACCACCUGUGCCAAAAGCUGUCUGCGGUAGUCUACGUCUAGUUUGGCUGAAAGGGUUGUUUUUAUAUCUUUCAGAAAUGGUCUUCUGUGUUGUGUUGUUUUGAAUAUUGUUUUGAAUAAACAUUUAUUAUGAUACUAAA